GCAGUAGCUUUUAGCACAAAUCUAGGAGAAGGUGGUCAUCUAAAAGGCACAGCUUGGAGGUCUGAAAACAAAUAUAAAAUCCAUCACCAAAUCUACAGAUGCAUUUUGCAUUGCUAAGAUGCUGUUAAUAGAUUUUGCACUGAGAGGAAAUGAAGAGAAAUUUGAGCACAGACUCUCACCUUGAAGUCACGCCAGGCUGCAAUGAUAUCUUUUUGCUCAUCCACUAUAACUCAUUACAGGUUGGUGCAUGCCUGCAGCUGAAUUACUCACCCACUCUGAAGAGGAGAAAGGGAAGGAGGGCAGAGCUGGAAACACAGAGCUGGGAAGUGCACAGGAGACAUGGAUCAGCUUGACAUCACUGUACAUGUGUUAAUUUGUUAACACAGUGGGAAAAGAGAAAAGGGAAGAGAAGAAGGAAAGAGAAAAGAGAGAGAAGAGGAGAAGGAGAGAAGAGGACGAGGAGAGGAAGGAAAGGGAAAGGAAGGGAGGGGAAAGGAAGGAGGGAGAGGAGAAAAGGAGAAGAGAAGAGAAAAGAAGAGAAGAGAAGAGAAGAGAAGAGAAGAGAAGAGAAGAGAAGAGAAGAGAAGAGAAGAGAAGAGAAGAGAAGAGAAGAGAAGAGAAGAGAAGAGAAGAGAAGAGAAGAGAAGAGAAGAACUUUAACGAGAAAGGAAAACAGAAGGAGAAAGGAAAAUGGAAAGACACAAGGAAAACAGUUAAAUGACAUGUAUACACAUUUGUUUUAUAACGAAGUGGACUGGAUCCUGUGGCCAACAGUGAAGUAUUGUUAGCUAACCACAGAUAUUUCUGUUAUUUUCCUGUACUGAAGUGUCAUGUUUGAAUACAAGCAAAACCAGUGAGAUACUUGACUUGCCUGCCCUUCCUGUGUUAUAGUUGUAAACAAGCAGAUGCAAUCCAUAAUGCUCAGUAAGAUUUCCUCUUAUUUCCUUUUGGCAAUGGUCUUAAGCAAGAUAAGGCACUAAAAUUUAAUCCUGAGUGUGUAAAUACUGAAUCCUUGGCACGGACACAAUCUUGUCAUGAAGCUGUAUGGGAGCUUUAAUGGUUUUGUAAAUUAAUCAAUAAUGUGGUUAAAUUAUAUUUGCUCAGCUAAUUAUAUUCCAUGUCCUGUAAAUUAGAACCUCAGUAGUCUUUAAGAAGAAUCAAUGCUGCUGCUUGUCUCAUAUUUGUGUUUUCUUACUGCUACGUUAUUAAAAUGUUUGUUUAUUUGCUCUGCUACAGGCUGGUAGCAUUUUCUUUGCUGUUUGAAUGGCAACCAUGGGGAUGCCAAGCCAUGCAGUGAUAUUUACAUUAUUAUAUAUUUAAUAUGCCAAAUCUAUUUCAGCAGUGUCAAAAUAUUGUACAUUUAUAGCCUCCUGAAAAUUCUUCUUGUUUCACCCUUGGGAGAACUGGGUUUAACCACUUUCUUCCCCCAGGAAAUUGUUGGGACUUUUGGAUGACUAAAACGGACCUUGGCUGGGUUCUUGUCUUCAUGACUAUGAAGGGCAUGGCAUGAGUUGGACUUGAUGACACCCAGAGGCUCCUUUGAAACUGAAUGAUUCCUUGGUUCUAUGGCUCAGACCGUCCGUGAACUUCUCCCCACCCAGUUUUCCUAAAGUCCCACACCCAGACUCCCAUCACUUAUGGGUCUGUAUGACAGGACUAGUUUACAGCACUCAGAGCAUCAAGUGAUUUUGGUUACACAGAUCUAGACUCCCUUACACUGAGCACAAUAGCAGGAGAAGCAAACCCAAAAAGCAGACACUUUUUUCCUUCCCAUCCAUGAAAAUCUUUUGGAGCUGCCAUUGGACAAACUGCACUGUUUAGGGCAAGCAUUAGGAGAGGCACAGAGACAGCAAGUUUGAACUUAAGAGAGAUGAACUUAUAAUGGAAAAUCACCUGGACACAAAUCUGGGCUCAAGGAACCAGAAAGAGAAGGAGAGGAUGCCUGCCUUCAUCCUUCCACCAUGUCUCAGUAAGCAGCAGCCUGCUGCAGAGUUUGGGAAGGCAGGUGGCUGUGGCAUCCAAAAUGAAUAUAGAAAGAUUUGUAGAGUACUUCUUACAUUUCCUGCUUUGUAAACCAUUCUUUUAUGCAGACACUCAGAAACAUACCCCGGGAGUGUAUAAUAUUACUUGUAAGUAAGUGAGACUUCUAUCUUUCCCCUAUCAAAAAGCUAGCAUAUUCAGCAUGGCACUGCUUUAUUUUUUUUUUACAUUUAAGUAAAUUCUGCUUUUGCAAAUAUAAAAAUAGCAAGAAAAGCAAUAGAGGGAAGAAAGUACAAAUAAUAGGAAAUUAGUAUUUUAGUAUCUAGCUAAUUGCAUCACACAUUGAUCUUUUACAGUGUAACAAAUUAGUUCUGUCUUAACAUAUAGAGUACUAGUUAUUACAAAAAAAAUCCUAGUUUAUGCCUUUUUUUUUUUUUUGUGAUGAGGCACAUCCAGGCUGAAUAUUUCAUGCAUACAUUCAUAGCUACAUGAAUUUGAAGGAAAGAAUCCACUGUUGUGCUUGAUUAUUUUCUAGAUUUUUGCCUGCAGUGUCAUUUGCUUUGACUUUCACGAAGUCCUUCACCCGAAUUUCCCAGGAUUGUCCAUAGGUCACCCAAGAAAUCUUGGAUGAACAGCUCACCUGCUAUCCAUAAUUAUACUUAAUUUAUGCUAUUAUUUUAAUGAUGUUUUUCUAAACUGCUUGCUUGCAUGCUGGUAUCUCUAAUGGCUUUUUACUUGGAGAGCCAAUAAUUUUCAAUGCACCCAACUCCAUCAUGGGAUAAUUCAGUUUGGAUAUGAGGAAAAAUUUCUUCUCAGCAAGAGCGGUGAGGCAGUGGCACAGGCUGCCCAGGGAGGUGGUGGAGUCACCAUCCCUGGAGGUGUUCAAGAGCCAUGCGGAUGUGGCACUCAGGGAUGUGGGCAGUGGGCGUGGUGGGAGUGGGCUGAUGGUUGGACCAGGUGGUCUUAGAGGUCUUUUCCAGACUUAAUGAUUCCGAGGUUCUAUGAUAAAUACUGGGCUCACUUUUACACUGGGAAACAGUAUGCUGCAUUGCUUAAAUCACAACUCUGUGCAAUGAUUGAAGCAUGUGGACAUCUCCAGAAAUUUGCCUAUCCCUAUAUACUCUGUAGAGCAACAAAUAUGUAUAAAGCUAUAUGUGUAUAGAGGUAUUAUUGAGUCUGAGGUCUCUUAUUGUUCCUUUCUAACUCUUCAGUGGUGUUUUGAAGCUCUGACUAUCCUCUGAGGAGAUAUCUGUUUCAGUCUGAGUCCCUUUGUCCCUUUGAUUUGCUUUGUUCCCUGAUGCUGUUGCUGCAGUGCUCUCCAGGCUUCUGAACAACAGCACUUUACAGGUGGGGGCCCAGUGGUGGGGCAGGCAGCUCCGCUUUCUUCCUGGCCCACUGCCACUCUUGCUGCGGGAACCUGAGCUGAGCUGGGGUCGGAAGCAGAGUACUGCAAGUCCAAGGCAAUCACUUCACCGACUGCACCAGCACACACAGCCUCUGUCUGCAGAGUCCAUUUCCUUGGCUCUGACAAACUUGUAGACAACACCUAGAGUUAAGGGUAGGGCUUUUUAUUUUAUUUUAUUUUUUAUUUAUAAAUAAGCAACUUCAAUGCAAAUGUACCUAUCCCAGAAGGUGCAUUUAUCCUAAGUGGCUCUUGCUGGUUUACACACACCCCAUCCUGACUCUUGCUUUGGAAAGCUGUUCCACUUGACUGCUCGGUUUGCCUCUUUGAGUCAGUGGCAGCAGGGGAAUUAUAAAGACGACGAAGGUGCAGCCAAGUCCCCGGUAGCGCGUGCCAGAUUCGAGCUGAUUUAAGGCAGUACAGCCUGACUCUGCAACUUUCUUCACACAAACGACAGCUACUUUUGGACAAAGUUUCUUUCUUCUUUUUUUUUUUUUUUUUGCCAUCUCGGGGAACCUGCUGAGCAGUGCACACCUUGCAAAGGCAACAUGAUCAGUGGUGCGUUGCAGAUUGCCGGGCUGCUCCUCGGUGGCCUCGGCAUGAUUGGGACAUUUGCAGUCACGGGCAUGCCUCAGUGGAGGGUGUCUGCCUUCAUCGAGAACAACAUCAUCGUGUUCGAGACCAUUUGGGAAGGCCUAUGGAUGCACUGCAUCAGGCAAGCCAACAUCAGGAUGCAGUGCAAGGUCUAUGACUCCGUGCUGGCCCUCUCGCCAGACCUGCAGGCAUCCAGAGGACUGAUGUGUGCUGGGUCGGUGCUCUCCUUCCUGGCUUUCCUGGUUGCCACUGUUGGAAUGAAGUGCAUGCGGUGCCGGCAGAGCGGCUGGCCGACCAAGGGCUAUAUCCUCGUGGCAGCUGGGCUCCUCUUCAUCCUCUCAGGUACCACUGCGCUCAUUCCAAUCUGCUGGGUUGCCAACACCAUCAUCAGGGACUUCUACAACCCCGUGGUCAAUGUGGCACAGAAAAGGGAGCUUGGUGAGGCCCUCUACCUGGGCUGGGUGGCUGCCUUCUGCCUGUUGGCUGCUGGAGCCAUAUUCUGCUGCUUUUGCCGCUGCUGUGAGAAAACCAGGAGCUACAACUACUCCAUGCCUCCUCAGCACCUGCCGCUCAACCAACACUUGCACGGGGCCACUGAAAGUGCCUACUCUAAGAGUCAGUAUGUCUAGAUGCCUCCGGUCUUUUCGUUGUUUUCACUUUUCUUUAUGCAUUUUUUUUAAGCACUCAAUCUGUCUGGAUGGAUUGCAAUGAAAGUUGCCUUUGCCUCCUGUUCUGUAACUGCUGCUGUGAUUGCUGCAUUUUGGAGAAACCCCCAAAACCCCCAAAUGGGCUCUGCUGGGGUAACGUGGCAGCACGGACAGUUGUACUACGUGGGAAGGUGACUGCUUAAUGCUAUCUCAUAGUAACUUGGAAUAGAUUUGGGGUUGUGUGGUUUUGCUUUGGGUUGCGUUUUAUGUAUAAAAUAGAAAUGAAGGGCUUAAAGUUCCAUGGUGAUAUGAAAUACCGGCCUACUGCAAAGAAAAGGGGAGCUGAGCAGAUAAUUCCAUUUUUUUCUUUCCUGGGAAAGAGGGGAUAACAGUGAAUAAGGACAAGAUAACAAUGGUUUAAAAGAAAAGUGUUCACUAACGGAUUGAUUUACUGUGGGUUUGAUGGAGAGCUUCAUGAGGAAUUUAUUCAUCAGAGGAAGGUAAGCUGAAAUACAUGAAAAAUACCCCUUAUUUCAGAGAACAAAUAUAGCUCUAUAUUCAUCCUAAACACCAUCAUUUUGGUGAAAGUUACUAUUUCUUUUGUAAUUCAUACAGGUCGAACUCAUUCACAUCCUUCUCUUUAGAAGUGACAGUUUUCCCUUGCAAACUCCUUGUAACUCACAACAUUUUGCAAUAUUGCAUAGGUCACAAGCGCUGUGUUGGCUAGCUGCCACAGGAUGCUAUGAUAUAUACACCUUUAAAAAAUCUUUUGAUCAGUCAGGCCCAUAUUUUUGCUGAGAUCCACUUGUACCAGCGUGGCUUAUAGGCAAAAGAGCAUAAGCAGUGAUAAUAUUUCCUCACAGUUAACACCAGAACAAGCUCAACAAUAUUUUUAAUAACAAGAUCAUGUACCCAUGAUAAAGAACAAUGUAAUGAAACUAAGUCUACAGAAAAAUAAAUGUAGUUCCAUACAAAAAUAAUUUAAUAAAUGACCAAAAUUAAUCAAUAGUGAUAAUAUUUUUAAUAGAAUUUUGUAACCCUGGGCCCAUGGAAAUUAAUGGUAUUUUGCCUUUGACUUAACUGAUGACACAAUUCAAUUUGUGGUGUUUAAUGGAGAACAACAUUUUUGCUCUCAAGUGUGAUUGACUAUUUUAAAUAUUUUGUAGAAAGUUUAUGAUGUGAUCUGUAAUUCUGUAGUAAAUUCCUUAGACUACUACUACUUGAAAAUUCGGAAUCAAAUUCUUCACUUCAUAAAAUGCAACUCUGAGCAAGCCAGAAAAAAUAAUCUGUGCACUACUCUAAAACUGUCUUUUUGUAGUGUUUAUAAGAUGCAUAUUAAGAUAUUCAGGGGAAGUUCAGGUUGGAUAUUAGGAAGCAUUUCUUCUCAGCAAGAGCGGUGAGGCAGCGGCACAGGCUGCACAGGGAGGUGGUGCAGUCACCGUCCCUGGAGGUGUUGAAGAGCCGUGUGGAUGUGGCACUGAGGGACGCGGGCAGUGGGCAUGGUGGGGGUGGCUGAUGAUUGGACCAAGUGGUCUUAGAGGUCUUUUCCAGCCUUAAUGAUUCUAUGUACUUGUGUAUGUAACUUUAUUUUUUCUCCUUAUUUUUAAGCAAAUUAUUUCUAAAUAUGUAUACAUGUAAUGGUCAUGAACUUUUUGUACUAUAGCAGUAUGUAGUUGUAUAUUCUUCAUAUUCCUUCAUUAAUAUUUAUACCCACAUCCAGUCUCUUUUUUGGGGGAAAAGAAAGUGGUGGAUCCUACACGAACUUGUAGCUAGAACACCAGGAUUUAUAACAGUGUCUGCAAUAAAGUCACCUGUUGAGUUCAACCCUCUAAAAAAGUAGGUGCAAGAUCUCACUUAGAGGACUACAUUCGUAUGUACAGCUGCACCGUAGUUAUCUCUGCUGUCAAAACAUGGAGUGAUUCAUACAGUAUUAAUCUAACUGUCUGAGGAAAUCUUCAGUGGAAAGUGAGAUAAGUGUGACAUCUCUGUAAAAGCCCUGUGAAUACUGAACACCACUGCUACACUGGAUAGUUUUAUCUGUUCCUGGUAAAGCACACAAUGAUGUAAAAACACAAAAGAAGAUACAAGAAGAUUUCUAAAAGUAUCCCUAGGACAAAGAGAAACACAGAUCUGAUGAAUUGUGAAUAGGAAUCUGAAAGAUUUCACAACAGUGAUCCUAUGUUGGCUGCAAAAUAUCCACCUCAGCAGGACACGUAUCCCCCUUAAGUACUUCUAAUGUACCUCCAACCAUUUCCUUUGAAUUAUACCCUGCCUGCAUACCAUAUGUGCAAGAGCACUGAAAUUAAAGCUUCAUUUUAAAAUAGAGCUCACCUCCCUCAGAUCUAUGCAUUGAAUGAGCCCUGAGAAGUCUGAGCAGAGGGUGCCACGCAAGGCAUUAAUAUCCCAGAACUAGUCCACUGCCUGCAACUAUCAAUUUCCAAAUAUUGAAUCCUGCAACUUGGAAUUCAUGUUUUUGCUUACAAACAAGAGAAAUUAUUUGGGAAAUAAGGAACUUUACCUUCAUGAAUGAAAGGAAGGGCUGGUAGCUUGUUCACCUUUGUCCUGUGCUUGGGGCAAUUGUAUGCAUUCCUGCAGUGUGAAAUGGAUGUGGAGCCUUGCCAGGUCCACCGGGUGUCCUCUCUGCUAUGGCAAUGACUGCACAACUUGCAGGCCAGAGGGGAGUAAUGCUCUGUUAAACCUCAGGUGGGUGAAGGCUCAAGAUUUCAAUUACUGCUCUGUCAUUCAGCAACUCGGCUUUCAUUUCUAAUGGGCCUCUUUGGAAAUUCUCCUCCUGCUGCUGCAACUGUUAUGAAGGACUACAGGGCAGAGCUGCUGCCUGCGCUUCUAUGCACUGUUCUCACUAGUGCUAGGCAGUGAGAUGCUGAGCACACAGGUGGCUGCAGAGCCUGAAACAUCAUUUCAGGAGGGCCUGGAUGCAACUGAGCUCUUGUUUUGAGUGGUCUCACAUCUUUAUAUGAGAACAAAUCACUUGGUACAUGAGGUUAUCACACAUCUGCAGAUCUAAUAAGGCCAGCUGCAUAUAAUGGAUUUGUCUGCCUCUUUAAGGUCCCUCCAGAGACUUCUCUUCUCCAGGCUGAAGAGCCCCAGCUCCCUCACCCUGUCCCCAUAAGGGAGGUGCUCCAGCUCUCUGGUCAUCUUUGUGGCCCUCCUCUAAACCCGUUCCAACAGCACCAUGUCCUUCUUGUAUAGAGGGCCCCAGAACUGAAUGCAGUACUCCAGGUGGGUUCUCAUGAGAGUAGAUAAGCAGAAUCAGCUCUCCUGACCUGGACAGAGUAGGAGAGUCCACAUAAUCCAGGGUCUUAUAGCCAAGAAAUCUCAGGAGUGAAAUAUUUAAAUGGCGUUCCUGUGUCAUCAUGGAGACCUGCGACUGCCACCACCAGAGGCAGGUGCCUACACAACAGUAGAAGGCCAGUGCCAGCAGACAGUAAUGCUUACAGAUUACUGUCCCCAUUUCCAGUUUCUAGUGCUCAGAGCAGCUUUAUCUGGGAUUUGAGACCUUCACCAAGGAUUGCUCUCAGACCCCGUACAGCAGGUAUAGCAGGAUUUCUGAGCAUGAGGCACGAUGCAUAGCUCUCCCUUCCUGCUGAGCUGGAGGAAGGGCAGUGUAGGCAGCUCCAGGCAGUAGCUGCAGUCCUUACUGAGGCAUGUCUUCUACUACCACAGUAUUACAUUGCAGAGCAGAACUGAGAACCUAAACUGAACACUUCAGUCAAUCCCUCCUCCCUUUUGCUUACUGUCUGGAUGCUUACAGCCCUUGGGGUUUCCCCAUGUCUCCACCAUGAAGUUUUCACCUGGUGAAACUAGCCAACUGCUUUGCACACCAUGCUGCUUCCCCACUCAUCCCACUGCCCUGUGGAGCUGGUGGCCACAACAUCUUUCUGAUAAGUCUUCGCAGAAUCGCAGAAUCAUAGAAUUAUAUGGGUUGGAAGGGAUCCCUGGAGAUCAACCCCCGUGCUAAAACAGUUCCCUACAGCAGGUCACACAGGAAAGCAUCCAGGAAGAUCUUGAAUAUCUCCAGAGAAGGAGACCCCACCACCACUCUGGGCAGCCUGUUCCAGUGCUCCAUCACUAUCACAGUAAAUAAGCUCUUCCUUGUGUUUGUACGGAACUUCCUGUGUUUCAGUUUCUGUCCAUUGCCCUGUGGUAGUCCAAAAUAUUUGUUGCUUGAAAAAUUAGAAGGCUUACUAGACAACUAUUUUACCCAGAUACAACUGAGAGUUCCAUUAGCACCAUUAGUUCCUUUCAUUAGUGAGAAGAGGCCCAUAUAUAGGUGAAACAGGAGAGAGCCGUAAACCAGCCCAUUGCUCUUCUCAAUAAAAAGCCGUGCCAAGUGUUACCAAAUAUGUUUAUGCAAUAAAAAAGUCUAGAGAUGGCUACACUGCCGAGUCUUUAGCAAUCUAUUGGUUAUCAUUUUCAUGAAAAAAAGUUUUCAUGAAACUUAAAUAAAAUCUUCCCAUUUAAACCUAGGGCUGCUCCAUUAUUUCCUAUCCCAGCAGCAGAAAGCAAGGAAAACAGACUACUGCUUUCCUCUAAAGCGGGCAGACUGUUCCAUCCUUCAGGACUGUUACUGUCUGACCUCUUGAACUUCUCUUACUUAACUUAAUAAUCUCUAACUCUUUCUUCACUGGCACAUAUGUUAAAUCUCUCCUCAUUCUUGUUUAUCUGCUUAGUUCUGGCUGCCCCACGUCUUUCUAUAAGUUUGAUGGCCAAAACUGGACAAAGUGUCCCAGAGGAAGCCUUGUCACUGUUGAACUCAGUGAAUGCAAUUAUUGCAGGUUAUCUUAAGUAGAUUGUUGACAAAAAAAAAAAAAAAAAAAAAAAGCAAAUACAGUAUUUGAAUAUAUUCAAUGCACUUCAAUUCUGUUAUUUCAGGCCUCAAGAUCACCAGCUUUCCUGUGUUGAGGGACUUAAUUACUGACAGUACAUUGACCAACUCAGAGUCGAAUGCUAAUUUCCUACUGCAGUUCCUCUUUUACUGCCAGAUACCUGAGGGUAAUAAGAUGACACCCUAGAGAAAUCCUUGGCUCCGCCAGUAACAGAAGGCAGCAUUCAGAAAUAGAAAUGCGGUAGAUCUUCCAACAUAUCCUUUUCUUGUUUUACUCACUGGUAGUUUCUCUAUACAUAUUACAUUAAUUUUACUCCUCCAGUCCUCCAGUGUUUCUGUUAAUUUCCCACCACUGUGUCAGAUACUUUAAUAAGAUCCAAGUGGAUUAGAUUUCUCAACUUCUAUUUCAUAGAAAACGUUAUCAAACAAAAAUGAAGCUAUUUUUGCUAAGUCUGUCCUGUGUUUUAUUUAAUUUCCUAUUUACUUCCAGAUACUUUUUCUUUUUUUUUUUUUCUUAAUGGAUUUUAAAUCAUAUCAUGCAAUUACAUUCUGGCUAAUGGAUGUGUAGUUGUGCACAGGGUUUUCCCCCUCCCCACUCAUUCCAUUUGUUUCUCUGUUCUCCAGACACACAAUAUCACUCCUGAUUUGACACAUACGCUGACAGUCCUAGCUAUCAUAUUUGGAACUGCACAUGCUGAAUUUUCUUCAGUAGAAAUUACUGUCUUUCUUCAGUUUAUGCUCAUAAAGAUUUGAAAUGUUUUGCCUACCUUGGAUACAGUACAGCAGUUCUGUUAUGUUCUCAUUCUAUGUCCUUAUUGUAACCUAAAUUCAAAGAGAAUCUAAAUACAUUUCUUAGACUCA